AUGGCAACAGAAGUACCAGGCGCCACCGAAUGGACGUUUACUGAUCCGGCUCUGGAAAAACUAUAUAGAUCUCAUAGUUCUAACCAGAAGAGGACUGGUUUACAGUGUUUUUUGCUGGGGGCGAUUUUGUUCGAUCUUUAUACCCUGAUAGUACCCUUAGGACAACAUUUAGUAGCUUAUAUAGUCAGUGGAGUUUGUUUAGGAUUAGCUGUAAUAGCCUUGGUCUGGUGUAGGAUUGGAUUUACAUCUGCCAAAUGUCAUCCGAUUUGGCAACUGGCCCCACAUUUUGCUUGGCAUUUGUUCAAUGCUCAACUUUUGCUACAUCUGUUUGUAAGGAGUUACUUGGGGUCAGAUGAUGUCACAGCCAGGGAUUCUUUAGGAUGGGCCCUUUUGCUUGUGUAUUUGGUCUAUGUAACCUUACCCUUAAGGCUAAGAUAUUGUGUAAUGCUGAGUCUAGGAACUUGUGCAUCAUACAUUGUAGCCUUAGUUGGACUUAGCAAAAGUGACAGAAACUUCAUAGAACAGCAUUUGGCAAAUUGUAUAUUGCUGCUGGCAGCAAACGUGUUCGGCCUAAUGUCCUACUUUUUAGAAGACGCUCAGCAAAGAAGAGCAUUUUUGGAAACCAGACAAAGUCUGCAGGUUAAAUUGGUUAUCGAGGAACAAAGUGCAGAACAGGAACGACUUCUGCUAUCAGUUUUACCAGAGCACGUUGCUGUUAAAAUGAGGCAGGAUCUUGGUUCUACAGACAGCCAAUUUAAAAAAAUCUACAUGAGUAGACACGAAAAUGUCAGUAUUUUGUAUGCCGACAUCGUAGGCUUUACAGCAAUCUCCUCCACCUAUUCAGCCCAAGAUCUGGUAAAGAUUUUGAACGAACUGUUUGCAAGAUUCGACAGACUGGCAGAGAAAUAUCAACAAUUGCGAAUCAAAAUCCUGGGCGACUGUUACUAUUGCAUAAGUGGAGCUCCUGUAGAAAGGCCUGAUCAUGCUGUUUUGUGUGUGCAUAUGGGGUUAUCUAUGGUUAAAGCCAUCAAGUACGUCCAACAAACAACAAAUUCACCUGUGGAUAUGCGUGUAGGAAUUCAUACAGGUGCAGUUUUAGCAGGAGUUCUUGGUCAACGUCAGUGGCAAUUUGAUGUUUAUUCUAAGGAUGUAGAGUUGGCUAAUAAGAUGGAAAGUUCAGGAAUGGCUGGGCGUGUCCAUAUUUCCCACCAAACUCUGAGUUUUUUGGAUGGUGAAUUUGAUGUCGAACCAGCCCAUGGUGAAAAACGAGAAGAAGCCCUAAGGAUGGCUGGUAUCAAAACAUACUUUAUCGUCAAAGUGCUAAAACCGAUUCAUUUCCAUUACUCGAAUUGGCCAUCUCUACACAAACACAUAAAUCCGGCUCUUCUUCCGGCAGAAUACGGCGGAACAGGUCCGGAUUUUGAUUUAAGGGCCGCUUUGGACAAAUUGGCCCAAAAUAGAGACAAAAUAAAAGAAAACUUCGACUGGGGAUACGAAAAAUCCAAAUGA